GGAGGAUUCAGGUUUGGAUAUAAAAUGAAAGAGUCAAAGGACCAAAGCAGAACUUAGCUGAGCAUCACAUAUCAGGCAACAUCAUUCCACCUGCUGCACCAGCAAGACUCAGGGAGAAGCCACCAUGCACAGUCUGUGGGUCAUCUUAUUGCUUGCCGUUUGGUCCAUCAAUAUCUGCUGUGCGAAGCCUAGUAAGCACAGGAAUCAACAUCAUAACCAGGACAGCAUCUACUGCUUCAGUGAAAAAGAGCUGGAAAAGACCCCGUCCAAGGUUCUGCAUCAUUUUGUGAGCAGCAAGAUGCAUUGGGACAAAUACUCUGCAGUGAACCUGGUGAGCAAGCUGGAGAAAAAUGAGAGGAGAAGAAAAAGACGCAGGAGAGCCCGACAACCCACCUGCCCAAGCAUGAACACUUUGAAAAAGGGGCUUGCCCUAAACGAACGCUCCAUCUCACCAUGGACCUACCGAAUUGACACCGAUAAGAGUCGUUAUCCACAAAAGUUGGCGUUUGCGCACUGUCUCUGCGAUCGCUGCAUCAGCCCCGAAUCUGGGAAGGAGACCUCAUCCGUGCUGGUCAGUCAGACAAUGCUGGUGCUACAGAAGAAGAGAUGCCUGGACACACCCAAGUUCACCUUUGAAUUGGAAUACAUAAGCGUCCCGGUGGCGUGCACCUGCUCCGUGGACCGCUAUUAGGACUAAUCUGCUCCUAUGGAGACUAAUCCGUCAAACUAUCCAGACACCCGGUCGUGACUAUGUCACACUUAGUUUGUUUGUUUUAGAAGACGUCAUGUCUUAUUUUCACUUUGCAGAAUGUGUCCAGGGAAACUGCUUAAACAACAGUUCCCCAAUUUUUAGAAGUUGCUCCCUGCAGCCAUGAUGAUAUCAUUUACCAAUGUAUAGUCCUUGAAGUGUGUUUUAGUAGGGAAUAGCUAGUU